AGCCAAAUGAGACGGACUUGAAACAAAAUCCCCAAACGAGCUGGUCCGGGCUGGGAAUUCCCCUGGAAAUCACCUACACGGGCAGCCAAAGGCGAGAGGUUUUUUCUGGAAGCUCGGAGACUGGCAGGCCGUGCUUAAAAAAAAAGCUGGUUUGUUUUCUAAAAAUGGUGCAGACACGGACAUGGAAACGGGAUUUAAUGGCGGGGCGACGGCGCCUGGCGUUGUUGUUGUGAGGGAAUUUGAUCAAGGCCCCGAAAACAAAACGGUCCUCCUGCGGCGAAUCUAAGCUAAAUCUCGGGUUAGUCGAUUAGCUCGUUAGCUGCGUGGCUAGCAGCGCCUUUUCCGUUAUAACAGCUAAAUAAGCGAAUUCGUCCGUUGGCCGUUGCGACGGAGGGAGAAGCGGGCGGCUGGAAUAACAACGCACUGGCGCUUUUCACAGUUUCCUAAAUGAUAAUAAAUGGAGUGGGCACAUCAGCGGUUCUCCCAGGAUCUCCAGAGCGGUUGCAGAAAGCAGGAUGGCCGGCCUGGAGCCGAGCAGGGGCGCUCGGAGAUCCACCCUGAGGACUGGUGUGACAGCGGGCUGGACUCGUUCCUCGACGCCGAAAGCGAGAGCGUCCCGGAGCGGCCGUGGCCCCGCGGGUUCCCGCUGGACUGCGGAGGAGCCACGGAGAGACAGACCGGGGAGUGCAUGUCUCUGGGCGGAGGGGAAAGGCUGGACUCCGCUAUCGGGGACUCCAUAACAGACGAGGCGGCAGUGGAGAGCCUGUCGGCCGGGAUGAGAACCGUGCUGCUGGGAGAGGCCGAGGAGAGCGAGGGGACAGCGGGAGGAGGAGGAGAGAGAGCCGGGGAAGAGGAGCAGAUGAGCGAGGAGCUCUGGCGGACUUUGAGCUUCGUGUCGGAGGACGGAGACACUGCGCUGCACCUGGCGCUGAUCCACGAGCAGUGGGGUUUCGUUCAGUACCUGCUGGAUCUUAUCUCACUCAACCGCACCUGGACACCUUACCUGGACAUCCAGAACGAUCUUGGACAGACGGCUCUGCAUCUGGCAGUGAUCGUGGACCGAAGCGAGUGUGUGUGUGCGCUGCUGGAGGCCGGGGCGUGUGCGAAGCUUCAGGAGAGAGGAGGACACACCCCUCUGCACCUUGCAGUGAGAGAGCAGCGCACGGAGUGUGUGCGAGCGCUCACGUCCUGCACCUGCACCUCGCCUGAACACCUGAACAUCACCAACUAUGCAGGAGUGAGUGUUCUCCAUUUGGCGGUGCAGAAGGGGCGGUGCGAUAUCAUCAGCAUGUUGCUGGAGGCUGGAGUUAACGUGAACCAGAGGGAUCAGGGUUCUGGACGGACCCCGCUGCACUGGGCAGUGGAGUCUCAGAGUUGUGCUGUAGUCGAGCUAUUGCUUAGAGCUGGAGCCUCUGUGGAUCAGCGCUCUUAUGCUGGGCACACACCUCUGUACUGCGCUCUCUACAGGCCCAACACAGAACUGCAGGCUUUACUGAAAUCUGCUGCCACCUCUACCCAAGAGGAAGAAGAGGAGGAGGAGUAUGAUGAUGAAGAAGAUGAGGAGAGAGAAAGUGAAGAGGAGGAGUUUGAUGACGUUAUCAUUAAUGGACAGCGAGUGCUGUAACUGGACAUCGUGAAAGGGUUGAGGGGUACUUAUCACAGGGACUUGGUUCGAGUACAUGUUUGUGUGUAUGUAACUUUAUUAAUGCUGGUACUUUUUGAACUUGCAGUGCUGCAAGACUACGUAGUGUGUGAUUUUUCAGAGCUGUAAAAUUGCUGCAACCAAAAGAUUUGAAAUUGAACUGCUGAAGAGUUAACAUCAGUCAGGUGACUGUGGCGUAAGCUUACUUUCAGACUCCAAUUACACUGUCUAUAGGGACUGCCCUUAAAAGUCCUGUUGGUUCAGUCUGUGCUAAAAGCUGCAGCGUUUCAGCAUUUCAUCAUUUCUCGAGUAUGUUUAACACUCUGAACUGUACUGUACAUUUUAGACCUUUAUUAUUUAAAGUAACAGCAUCUACAGGAGGCCAUUUAUUGUUGUAUUUUUAGACUCUGCCUUAUGUACGAGCCCAGGUCUUAAAGCUAAAGACAAAAUGUGGCAGCUCUUUGCUUUUUUUUCCUCUCUUUAAUUCUAUUUUAGCUCUUCAGUCUGAUUAGUCAACCCUAGAAAUAUACAGUGUAUCUGCUGGUGGUGGUACUUUUAAUAGUAUCUGUAAGUGAUGUAACUACAAAGUGGUUAAAGAUCAUUUCAGAGCUAGUUUCUCUACAGCUUAUGAUGACCAAACAAUGGUUCUCAAUCUAGUUUCUGCACUACACAGAUUUAUGAUUAUAACCCACUUGGUUUAACUCAACACAUCUAUUAAUUAAAGCAGUAGCUCAGAGAAAAAUUAGAUUUCCUAUUAGCCCAAAUAAGGAGUCUGUCAUAAGGACAUCAGAAGUUAAGUUUGAUCCCCGCUGAUGCCGCAGCCAUUUGUGGCCGGGACUCCAAGAAAGCAUAACUGUUUCUUUUCCUUCAGGUCCGUAGGAUGGUUAUACCUCCCCCCUUAUCACUCAUUGUAGUGCUAGCCAGCUUGGGCAUCUGUUAGCCAAAGCAAAUUAAGUCUUCGGCAUGUUGAACUGUCCACUAGACAUCGGCAAUGUGGCGAUAUUUAAUCCUGAUAGGCUUUUAUAAGCUUUUCUGAACUGUUUCUAUACACCAGGCCUGUCAAACUGGGGACCUUCCGGGUCAGAGUGCUGCAGACAUUAGCGUUUACCCUCACCAAACGCUCUGAAUUCAGUUCAUGAAGGCCUCGCCGAUUAGCUGAUAAGCUGAAUCAGCUGUGUUUAAUGAGGUAGACUGUUGAAGUCUGCAGUGUUUUGGCCUGCAAGGACUGGAGCCCGACAUGUGCUAUAAACCAUCAGUACUUGGAGAACACUAACGAACUGAAUGAUUCAAGAGAAAACGCUGAAUAAAAAUCAUUGUACUCAUAGUUUUGAGAGUAUAUUGUUAAUGUGGUUUUAUUCAUCUGUUUUGACUCAUCAAUCCUCAGAAAAAAUAAACAUGGUGAUGCACAUUGUGUAGUGUGAAAUUAUCUUGACAGUAAAAUUUUGUCAUGUUGUCCUAACUAGUGGGAGUUAACUGGCCACAAAUUGGGGAUCAGCACAAAAAAGUUUAGCUAUCACAAGUUUUGAGUUACGAGGCUUAUGUAGCUCACAAACAUUGCAAGCAGAGUAAUGGACAAACGUACGGUCCAUAGCUAAAAACAACAGCAGUGGUACAGCUGUCCAUUUGCCCAUUGCUUGCACGCUACAUUGGAGUAAGUAAUACGUCUUGGCCGUAUGACUAUAUUUGGGAUAAGAGAAAUUUAGAUUUUAUUCCAAACUAUUGCUUUGACAGUAAUGUUGGUGCAAAGCUUCAGAGCCCUGAGUAAAAAGUAAAGAAGGCACCUUACAAGAUGUGUCCACUACACUGUACAUUUAGCAGAAAAUCAUAACAUAGUACUUGAUAACUUGAGCAUAUUUUCAUGUAAUGCUAACGGUGCUGGCAGUUUCUUCCUUUCUGUGUUACAUCUGAUCCUAUGCUCACUUUGAUUUGAUAUCAGCAACACUACCAUUUCUGGGUUAAGCAUUACUUUAACCUGUCAUUUCUGGCAUCAUGUUGGUCUAACAUUUGUAAAUGACAUGGGGUCAGCUUUGGUGUUUUUCUGCCCUUAGAUCAGUAGAAAAUGUGUCUCUGGAACGUGAUUUAAAGAGAGUGGAUGGACAACGUGGAAUGAGAAGGAUGGCAGGGAUGAAAAGAAGUGUGAAAAGUAUGUUAGAAAGCCAGUGGAAGCCUUCAGUGCUGGUGCAUAUUCAGAUCAUUUUCAGGUGACUCUCUAAGCUGUAGUUAAAAUGAUGGAAUACUGAUAACCUGUGCAUAAAGAUACAAGCUGAGGAAUAUCAGCUGUGUGGGCUUCACCUUUAGACUUUUGCUUGGUGUUUCCUUCCCAAUUACCUGGGGGUGGGUGGUGGCUGAAUAUGCUGUAGAAUGCUUGAAAUUGAGCACAAAUACAAUAAGAUUAAAACAAA